GGAACGCAUAACCCGGAAGUCAUUGUGGGAUCAGUAUGGCAGAGAAGAGGAGCGCACUGAAGUCCCGCAAGUCCCCGAGAAAGAUCCCAGGUAAAGUGCAGUUCAGUGAGGGGAAUAGUGAAGACGCCGCACAGAGGAGAGCCGCUUUGGAAAAUGCCAUUCGGAAGAAGAUCGAAACGGAGAAGAGGGCGUUACAGAUCGUGGAGCGACUCCUGGAGAACGACAUCACCGAGGACUUCCUGAUGGACUGUGCCAAAUUCAUCUCUCCAUCGUACUAUAAGGAUAUAGUGGAGGAACGAUCCAUCGUAAAGCUGUGCGGGUAUCCUAUCUGUAACAAGAAGCUGGAGAAUGUACCGAAACAAAAGUAUAAAAUUUCCACCAAAACAAACAAGGUUUACGACAUCACUGAAAGAAAGUGUUUCUGCAGCAAUUUUUGUUAUCGAGCAUCAAAGUAUUACGAAGCGCAAAUCCCCCAAACCCCGGUGUGGAGCCGAGAAGAAGAAAUCCCGCCCGUCAUUAAGCUUUUCAAGCAAGGAAGAAGUGGCAGCUCCGGAGAGGAAGUCAUAUUAACCGACCGACACAUCACAAUGUCAGAAGUCGAGAAUCCAGAACGUGCGACAGAAGGCAGCGGUAAUGAAGACGGUGAAUGUGAACAGGUCUUUGUGUCCUCGGUGAUCGCAGAGCAGAGCCCGAAGGACAUGGACGGUGGAGACGUUACUCAGGAGGAGACCCCAGAAAUGGCGCAGAUAGACCGCUAUAUGGACGACGCAACAGAGAAAAUGACUCGUUGUAGUUUAAAUGACAAUGGAAGGUCAUGUGACCUACUAAGCAAUCCGGAUACAGACGCCAAGGUUGGGUCAGAGGCGGCUGAGUCUCCAGAAUCGCCGGAGGUGGUUACUGAAGUGACCCGCAGAGCAGUGAGCAAAAGUGGCGCCGAACGUCUACGAAAACUACUCUGCAAAUCCAAGAGUUAUGAGGGGACACGCCGGGCGGAUGUUUCUCCCGUAGUAGUGAAGAAGAGCGUGCUGGACGUCCUCACACAGACCCUGACUGAGUGGAGGACCGAGAACACCCUGAAAUAUCUCUUCGGUACGCAUUAUAUAGUGCAGCGCGAGGUGUCGGACGCGGGCGCCGACCAGGGACAGGAUCUGGACGAGGACGAUUUAGACGACGUCGAGGAUCCGUCUCCUGUAAACGAUGCAGAUCUGAAGGAGUCUUUGCCUUACGAAAGCAACAACAGCGUCUCAAAGCCUCUUCCCGAUUAUGCAAAACUUAGAGAAGAGACGAAAAUGCAGGAAAUUCGGGUCCGGGAAUUCUUUGGAGGACAUUACGUUCUGCCUAAAGAGGCGGAGUCGGAUAAACCCAAGGAGAAAAAGGAAAUGACAUCCUGGGCUCCUCCUCUUCCUCUUGUGGAUUCGUGUUCCCAGCAACAAGUCCGCAGACGGAUAGUGUUGGAAAAACUGAAAAAAGUUCUUCCAGCCAUUCUGAUAAAGCUUCAGAUCUCAUACAGUGAUGUAUCCAAAGAGUUAAACGAUCUGGUCAAAACUUUCAGAUUUACAAAUACGAAUAUUAGCCACGCGCUUCCUGAAUGGUCGAUAAUCGCUAUUGUUCUGCUGUCAGUCUCCUAUGCAAAACUAUGGUUACAAACUGUGAACAGUCCACUGAACGUUAGGUGAUAGAAGGAAAUAGAAGUGUAGGAUCAGACAACAUAGGGUUUGUUUGUAGUCAUGGAAACCUAUAAAUCUUUAGAGGAGCUGUAG